GCGUCACCAUGUCCAACUCGCGCAACUACCUCGACCGCUGGACCCCGCCCGGCUUCCAGCUCCUGCUGUACGAUGGUAACCUGCGCGGCCUCGUCUUCUCGCAGGGCCGCUACUGGAUGCAGCACAGGAAAGUCGUGGGCAGCGUCUUCCGCUCGCCUGACUUCCUCAACCACUACGUCGAGACCGUCAUUGACAAGACCGCCUUCCUGAUCCACCGCCUGUGGCAACCCAAGGCCGGCACCGUGCUUAACGUCCACCAGGAGAUGCGCAUGCUCACGCUGGACAUCAUCGGCGCCGCCGCCUUCGGCACCGAGUUCGGCGCCAUGACGUCUACGGAUGGCACCCACGAGAUCGAGACUUGUCUCUCCAACAUCCUGCACGGCGUGCUGGACGUCAUCACCUCCCCGGUCCCGCUGUGGCGCGUCAUGCGCACGCCCGGCCGCGCCGCCAUCGAGAACGACCUCAACCGCCUGCAGCAGAUCGAGCUGCGUCUCAUCCAGAAGCGCCGCGAGGAGCUCCGCCGCGAGGGCACGCAGCCCGAGGACACCUCCAAGAAGGACUUGCUGGGACUGCUGCUCCGCGCAAGGGACUCGAGCCGCAGCGCCAACUUCAAGGACGAGGAUUUGAUGUGGGAUGUGCACGACGUCAUCUUCGCCGGACAUGAGACCACCGCCUCCGCGCUCGCCGCAGCCCUGUUCUUGAUCGCGGGCAAGCCUAGAGUCUUGCGCAACAUUCAGCAGGAGCUCGAGGAAGUGCUGCCGGAGGGCAGGACGCCGACGAUUGAGGAUAUUUCAAAGCUCAAGUAUUUGGACAUGGUGCUCAACGAGUCGCUCCGCCUCUAUCCGCCGACAGCUUUGAUCGGGCGGUGCGCAAAGGCAGAAGAUACGAUCGCCGGAUACGACAUCCCAGCCGGGGCCAACAUCCUCAUGUCGCCGUAUGUCAUGGGCCGGUUGGAGCAGCUGUGGGAUAACCCCGAAGAGUUUCGUCCGGAGCGGUUCUCGCCCGAGGAGGUAGCCAAGAGGCAUCCGAUGUCACACACCCCCUUCGGUGCCGGGCCGCGCGUUUGCCUCGGAGCACGCAUGGCCACCAUGGAAGCCAAGGUGGUGCUUGCGAUGAUCUUUCAAAAGUUUAGCUUUGAGCGCACGCAGGACAAGCUGGAAGUCGAUUACGACUCGACCGUCUCGUUCAAGAGCGGCAUGGACAUGGUCAUUCGACGUGUACCGUAGUGUAGAUCUCUCGUGACGUUGUACAGGUGUCCGAACGCGAGCUUUGUAUCCUUUCGCAAAGCGUCGUUCUGUAAGAUUAUUCAGUCGGUGAAAGGAUUGACGUUGCACACCGCUCAAGGCGCUGGCACACCAGGACUCGUAACUUGUCGACGAGCUCGCUCGUCUCCGGUCCGUGCGGGAGUUGGACUUUCCUCGGACACGCGUCGGUGACCUCGGGCUCCGCCACGCACAGGCUGCGAAUCGGGUGCAAGUAACGCCUUGCGUUUGUCAAGAAUGCCGAGCCGAAUGCACGGUACUCGGCCAAGCGGAUCGGCCUUUCCACGACGCGCACGCCAAGGUCGUCGCACGCCGCCAGCACGCAGUCCCUAAGGCUACCGGGGAGCACGCGGUCAGCCGGGGCGGUGUGGAGGUCACAAUUUUGAGUCAGCACAAACACGUUGCUGACAAGGCCCUCGAAUAAACUGUAACAACCAUUUUCAUCCU